AUCCACCUUAAACAGAUAUGGCUACUAUAGACUCAUUCAAGGCUCCCAAGUUGACUAACAAGAACACAGCAAGCGAAGAAAUCAUCGACGAGGAUGAAGUUCUCAUUGAAGCCGACAGCCUUCCUACCUCCACUCUCGAAAAAGAUGCCGGCAUGCAAGUAGAUCAGGGCGAAGAAGGUAGCAGCGCAGACAAACCCGAAUUCAAGGCAUUGAAGGCAAAGCAAAUGACUUCAACCAGCAAUCAAGCUCGUAAAAUCCCAAUUCCUCCUCAUCGUCUGUCCCCACUGAAGAAAAGUUGGCUUCAAAUUUACUCACCCUUGGUCGAGCACUUGAAAUUGCAAGUGAGAUAUAACACAAAAUCAAAGGCUGUUGAAAUCCGAAUGUCGAAGCAAACUGAGGAAACUGGAGCUCUUCAGAAGGGAGCUGAUUUCGUCCGUGCUUUUGCUCUUGGAUUCGAAGUUGAGGACGCCAUUGCCUUACUCAGAUUGGACGAUCUUUAUAUCGACACUUUCGAAAUCAAGGAUGUAAAGACUUUGCACGGAGAUCAUUUGUCUCGUGCUAUUGGCCGUAUUGCUGGUAAAGACGGAAAGACCAAGUUCACCAUUGAGAAUGCAAGCAAAACUCGCAUUGUGUUGGCUGAUACCAAAAUACAUAUCCUCGGUUCAUUCCAAAACAUACGAAUUGCUAGAGAUGCUCUUGUCAGCUUGGUUCUUGGUAGUCCACCAGGAAAGGUUUACGCAACGCUGAGAACCAUCUCAGCUCGCAUGAAGGAGAGAUUCUAAAUCUUUUUGCUCGCUAUCGACAACCAACACUACAAAAUUCAAAUUACCCUCCACAAAUGUUUUCGCUUUCAUUUUCAUCCUCCUUUAUUCAUUGUGCAACUUAAUUCUUGUCACUUUCUCCAAUUUUCUCAUAUUUCCUCAUCAAUGUAUAAAAUGCUGCUUUUUUUGGUCAUUUAUUUCGCGAACGCUAUCAUGAUUCUAUCCAUUUGAAUGAUCCCAUGAGCAAAUGCCGCUUCAAAAGCCGUCCCGGUGCUGGGGAUAAUAUGGUCAGCUUUUGCUUUGCAUCAUCCACAUCCGAC